CCUCACUCGCCACUGCUCCUCCUGAAUGGACGAUCGCUGUUCCUGCGGUCCACGCCUCUCUGCCCGUCUCAUCCUCCGCUCGGAGUCUACAGUAGUACCUCUUUAUCAACAACUCGCUGCAGCCUCUCGGUGCUUCAAUGCGCGGUGAUUGAAUCCAGCUCAAUUUGUGCGCCGCCGCUUGAACUAAAUCAGCGCCUACACAACGGCCCAGUGUCUCUGACCCACGGGCUCCGUGAACUACACCUCUCUGCCUGCCUGGAACAUUGUGUCCUUUGUGGGGAAGAUGACUGCAAAGCAUCGAAGAGGGAAAGGCAACCACAAACAUGAAGAUAACUUUUUCAAAAAUGAAGUUACCGAGUCAGAAGUUCGCACGGGAGUGAAUAAUCACGCUCUCCACUUGGUUUUAUUUCUGCUGAUUGUAAUUGGCGGUGCCACUGGCGCAUGGUUCUGUUUCCAGCAGCACCAAACUUUAACCUACUUAACAGACAAUCUCGUGGGCAUGCAGAUGAAAAUAGUCAAACUACAGUCCUCCCACGAAGAAAUGCGACAGUCAAGUAGUGAGCACGUUUCAGAAAGCCUAGAGAGACGCCUGAAUGCUCUGGAGGAUUCUUAUGCAUUGGCCCAGAAACAGGUGGGCGUGGCCUUGGCUACAGCUGAACAGCUCAAGACGUCUGACCUGCCCGCUCAGCUGCUGUCCCUCCACACGGAGAUGAAAGCCCGCCUGGCGGAGAUGCAGCAGGCCACCGUGUCUCUGGAGCAGCUGAGCCAGCUGCAGACCAUGCUGAAGGGGAAGAGUGAGGAGUUCGAGGGUGUCAGGAUUCAUGUGGAGGGCCUGGCCACACUGAGCGCUGAGCUAUCCCAGAAGGUUGAAGUCUUGACAGGGAGCGUGGAAGAAGCAGAAUCAAAGCUGGAGGACAGAGUUGGACAGGUUGAGACGCUGAGUGCCACCCUGGAUAGACAGGCCGCCGAGGUGCUCCGACUAAAAGAGCAGCUGGACACCUACCAGGCUCAGCUUGAGGCCAGCACACUGGAAAUGGCUACCGUCAGAGAGCUGCUUGUGAGUGAACAGUCCCAGCGGCUCCAGCAGGCCAGUGUGGAGGAGCAGCUCAGUACGACGGUGGGACAGACGGAAGAAGAGACAGCUUCCGCAGCUAAAGAAGAAGAAAUCCCUGAAGCAGACGCUGCUCUCGCAGCUGAAGAAGAGGAGGCUGCAGCAGCAGCAGCAGCAGCAGCAGCAGCCGAAGAAGAGGAGGCUGCAGCAGCAGCAGCAGCAGCAGCAGCAGCAGCUGAAGAAGAGGAGGCUGCAGCAGCAGCAGCUGAAGAAGAGGAGGCUGCAGCAGCAGCAGCAGCAGCAGCAGCUGAAGAAGAGGAGGCUGCAGCAGCAGCAGCAGCAGCUGAAGAAGAAGAGGAGGCUGCAGCAGCAGCAGCAGCAGCUGAAGAAGAAGAGGAGGCUGCAGCAGCAGCAGCAGCUGAAGAAGAGGAGGCUGCAGCAGCAGCUGAAGAAGAGGAAGCUGCAACAGCUGAAGAAGAGGAAGCUCCUGCAGAUGGAGAACAAGAGGCAUCCAACCCAGAAGAAGAGGCAGAGGCAGAUGAAGGAGCAGCUGGUGUGGAGCAGGAGGACUCUGUGAAUGAGGAAACGGCCCCUGCAGAGGAGGUGGAGGCAGUAGAGGAGGAUCAGACAGAGCAGGACAAGUUGGUUGCUUUAUCGGAAAAGACAGCAGAAGGGGAACAAAGUGAAGAGGAGAACCAGGAAGCACAUGAAGAGGAGAGCCACAAAGCAGAGGAGGAGGAGGAGGAGGUGGAGGUGGUGGAGGUGGAGGCAGUGCCUGAAGUAGAGAAUGGACUGGAAGGGGAGAAAGUGUUAGAAGAAGAGGAGCAGCAGCAGGAUAAAGCAGCUGAAGAGGAGGCUGAUGAAUGAGAGGAGCCAUUUGAAAAUGAAGCUUUACCAGAGGAUGAAUAGUACAAGUCACCAGAAUGUGGUUCUUUUCCACACCGGACAUAUCCACCAAGGAGAAUUGAAACUUUCCCAGUCUAAAAUCAGUCUUCAAUGAAAAAUACCGUAUGAAAGCAUUAUUGAUUACUGUUGUCUAGGUGCAGUAUUCAUUAUGUGAUUGCUCUUUGAAAGGCAGGUGUCAGUUAGAAGAAAUCAGUCGCUGCACGCUGGAGUCCAAGCUGAAUCCUGUGCCUCAAAAUAGGACAUGGCUGUUAAGUUAUGUAGGAGAUGAGAAAUGCUGGAUUUUCCUACCAAUAACAACCUCAAAAGCCUUAAAAGAACUGUCUUUCUACAGAGCAUUUUCCACUCUUCUUCAUAACUCGCCCCCUUUUAAAAAAAAAACACAAAAAAAAACUAUAAAGCCUAACAUAACAGCAAGCAAAUGCAAAAAGAAUUUUCUUUAGAGCAAUUGAAGCCAUAUGUAAUGCCUGUCUUGGUGGCAUUAAAUGUCUUUUUGUCACUGCCUGAAAUAUAUGUUGAGAAUUUUAGAGGGGAAAAAACAGUGGCAAUACCUUGAUGUAUCCCAGUUGUUUACACAGCCAACUAAAGUGCUAGCAAAAAAAUAUCUUUGAUUCCUGAAUGUUUUUAAAGUAUAGGACAAACUGUAGUUGAUAGUUGUUGUUUUUUUACUUUUAAAAAUACAUAUGUGUGUCAGUUCUUUAAAACUUGCUUUUAUCUAGCACUUUUCUAACUGAUUACAAAUUCCACUCGAACCUGCAGUAAACACCUGAAGUAUUAAGAUACAGCGGGCUAAAAGUGCUCUACCAAGGACUGUUUCAGAAAUCUCACUCUACUGCUUUAAUACUUUUAAUUUGAUCAUUUUAAUUCAAAUGUACACAACUUUAACAGUUAUGACUUAUCAUCAUUUAGUGCUGUUGUGGGUCUUUAAAAAAUACCUGCAUAUUCUAUGCAAUAUUUAAAAAGCAGUUGUUUGUAACUAGCAGGAGAGUUUAGUGAAGCACCUCAGGGACACAUUGCUCUCCAGAUGGAUGAACACCAUUACACUACUACAGCUACGUCAUUAAAAUGCCACCCUGGAAACAGAUUACAUCUUUAAUGACAAAACCUGUACUUUAACUUGAUAUCCAGAAGUCUUGAAUCAAAGUGCAGGUCAGUGCAAGAGUUUCUAAAAGCAGUCGAACAUGAGCUGAAAUGCACAGGUUCAGGCUCAGCUAUGAACCAAACCGAAGGACUACUUUACACCGCAGAGUCAUGUCGGCCAUUUUAGCUUCAGGGUCACAGAAAAAGGAGUUUCCCAGCAGGACACUGAUCCUGAACAUGGAUCGAAUCUAUGCCAGGACUGAAGGAGGAGCGAGGAGUGCCGGUGUUAAUGUCUCCACAGUUGCCUGAUCUCAUCCUUGCUGUACAGUACCUGCACGUGUCUGGGAAUAUUAAAAAACAAAGCGCAAAACAUAAGACUGUUUCUCCAAAAUGCUCUGAAGACAGCUGGAAUAAUGUGAAUUCUCAAAAAAUGCAGAACCAAUGCGAAAACUGUGAUAAGGCAUUUUGGUUAUUAAUCAUUUCAAAUAUAUUGUUGUGAAAAUUACCUCUUUGGAGACGUGACAAAUGUGGUGUGUUCAUGCUUCACAGAUGGUGAAUAAGUUUCUGAGGAGUGGAUUCAACAGAGUUCUUGGUAGUAUAGUAAUACUUUGGCACCACUGUUCAUUUUCCUAAGACUUUUCACUUGUAAAAAAUGCAGUUUUUGCCAAAAACAUUGGUUACUGUCAGUAUGACAUGCUCACGUUGUCAUGUUUUUAAAUUAAACCCUGGUUCUUUCACUUUUGUA